AGAAUCCAAGUCCGAAACAAUAGGGUCGCAGCCGUAUAUCCCUAACUUGCUUCCUCCUGCGUCUCCUUCCGGAUUGAAUACCCUUUCAUAUCGUUGAUUAGGGUUUUCAGGGUCUGAUCCUGUGCUUCACGAAAUGGGAGGAGGCAACGGGCAAAAGUCAAAGAUGGCUCGUGAGAAGAACAUGGAGAAGAUGAAGGCUGCAAAAGGAAGCCAGCUGGAAUCAAAUAAGAAAGCAAUGACGAUUCAGUGCAAGGUGUGUAUGCAAACAUUUAUGUGCACUACAUCAGAGGUGAAGUGCAGGGAGCAUGCUGAGGCCAGGCACCCAAAAUCUGAUCUAUAUGCUUGUUUUCCUCAUCUUAAAAAGUGAACUAUUUGGGGAGAGCCUGUGGAGAGCCCUUGAUGUUGCCGUGGCCUUUUCUGCAAUCUACAUAUGUAUAUUUCUCAAGUUCUGUCUGUUAAAUUUAAUUAAUUUGCCUUGUGUGUAGGUGCCUUGUGCGGGGACGAGGGAGGCCCUUGUCCCCUUGAUGAUAAAGUGAAAGCUACUUCGAAAUGCUUCUUAAUGAUACUGGUGUUCCUUGGAAAACUUGCGUUCUGAUUUGUCCCAUGUCUGAAUCAGAAACGCAAAUCUUAGUCCCAUGUUUCCAUACUUUAUGUGCGCCAAUGUAUCACAGAUCAUGCACAAAAUGGUAGAGAAUGAAAUGAAUGGUUUUAAGGAUGGUAAA